AUGGCGACGCUUUAUAAGAGGUGGGGUCACGAUCCACAGAAAAUUUGUGGCGUGACCACACUCGAUGUGGUCCGGGCGAACAAGUUUGUGCAUGAGGUGACAGGCUGUCCCAUCGAGAAGAUUAGCGUGCCCGUUGUCGGGGGCUAUUCUGGGAUGGGGAAGUGCGAGUCGGCGGUGCCCCUGUUCUCGCAGGACCCCGCAGCCCGCGGGCUGUCGCACGAGCAGAAGUUUCAGCUGAUGAGCCGGCUGCAGGAUGCCAGCGAAGAGGUUGCGAGCGCCAAGAACGGCAAAGGCGUGGCGACGCUCUCCGCGGCGUAUGCGGGCGGUCGUUUCGGUCAGGCGGUGCUCGCUGGCCUCUCGGGUGAGAGGACGACGGAGAGCGCCUUCGUGAAAACCGACGGCAAGGUGUACCAGGAUUUCGAGUACUUCGCGACCAGGGUCACCUUCGGGCCCAAGGGCGUUGAGCGGGUCCACCCUAUCGGGCCCAUCUCAGAUGACGAGCAGGAGCGCCUGGACGGGGCCGCGGCGACCCUUCGUGAGGAGAUCGACGAGGGUGUCAGAUACGCCGACACGGUCGCCAAGGACAACAACUACCGUGACGCAUGA